UUAGCGGGAGAAAUUGCGGAAUGAGAACGGAAUAACGGGCAGGAGAGCGGAAAACCGGGCGGGAUGGUGUGAAGUGCUGGAAGGAUUUUGGAGGCUGAUUGACAGCUUUGUGUACUCACCUUUCAUGGCCAACAAGUCCCGGAGGUAACAAGCAGGGCAGACAAAGGGGAACCAGUGGACAUAAUAUAUUUGGAUUUCCAAAAGGAGUUCACUAAGAUUUUGACCUGAUGCAAAACAUCUGAGAAAAGCAAUAAUGAGAAAAACCAAAGGCGCUUCCACUUCAAAAGGAUCUAAUUUGCCUGUACACCAAAACACAAGAGCUGAGGGUUCUAAAGGUGUGAGAUCUAAAAAAGGUAGAGGAAGUCAAACAAAUAAAAGACAGACUCCUGCCCAGAGAGAGAGAGUCAAAUCGCCAAGUCAAAAGCACCCAGAGCCUUCACCAAACCUCUCCUGCAUUUUUAGAAAUCCAGACAGUCAAGAAGAUGAUGAAUAUUAUGGUAACCCAUUGCACAGCACAGCAGUGUUUGAUAAUGAAUCAGAGCUAAACAAUGAAGGAAAUGAUAAAGAAGCAGAAUGUCCUGCACGGAGUAAUAAUCAAGGGAAUCCUACUCAACAGCCUAUGCCUCUGAUUGAAAAAAUUAGGACUGAGAAACGUGCGUUGACUCGUAUAUCUGAAGGUGUGGAAGCACAACAAAAUGAAGUGAAUACAGGAAGUGCUAGCAAUGAGGCAUUGAGUGAGAAUGCAAAUGAACCUAUUCAAAAGACAGAAACCAAGAGAGUGAAGUUGAAAACAGUAUCCAGUUCACAGCCCAGUAAAGCCUCCAAGCGAUCUAAGGACACUCGGUCACGGACAGGUGCAGUAAAGAAUCCUAGUGAUGGGAAAUCCGGAAUUAAGCAGACAGCUGCUUCAGCUGGUGCCACAAAGAAGUUGUUGGUUGAAACUCGGGCGUCAAUUUCAAAAUGGAAAAAGCAAAGUAACAUGAGAGCAGAUGCAUCAGCAGCUCACAGCAGGGACUCCCCUUUUCAUGCAGAGCCUUCGACGGAAACUUCUCUACAAAGUAAUGUUAAAACAUAUGGACAGAAAAGAAAGAAGGCUUUGGUCAGGAGGGCAACUGGAUCUGAUGCCUCUCCUAAUUCAUCUGAAUCAAGACCUCCUACUCCAGAGGCUGGUCCAUCAUCUGCAAAAGUCUCACGUCCUGAGGGUGUGAAGAGGUUAACAAAAAAUGUCACCGAACUGAAUGUAGUUCUCAAUGAAUUUGAGGAAAUUGUUACAGAGUACAAGCCGUCUGUGGAAUCUGAUGUUUGCAGAAAAGUAAUUGAUAGAUUCUUCACUGAUUUAAAGGAGGAAGUUACUGAAACUAUCAGGCAAGUGCAAGAGCUGAAGAAUUUGGAAAGAGAAAAUGCAAAGGUGAUAACAACUUUCAACAAGACAAGAAAACACUUUCUAGUAGCUCAGAAGGAAUUAACUGAGCAGGAAGCACAACUCAAACACUUGCAUAAGGAAUAUUCUGAACUGAGUCAAAAGAAAUCAGAUUUGCUACUUGCAACGCAACUUGUGUCUGGUUUUAAACAACUGCAAACACAGUAUAUUGAACAUAGGAGCAAAAACCCUGGUGAAAAACAAACGUAUAAUAUUUCCAGCUUUCCUGCUCUGUUGGUGGAGGCACGUGGAAUUUUGGGAGCAGAAAAACAGCUGCAAAUAAUUAAUACAAAAUUACAGCAAUCACUGGAUAAGAAGUAAAGCAGUUGUACGAUGAGAACUCAGCCAAGGGGCCUGGUACUGUAUAAUGGAAAACGUGCAAUGUUUAUUGGACAUUUUAGGACAGAUGGUUUGGAGGCUAGUCAAUUAACUGGUCACAAUAAAUAAAGGAAAAGCAGGCAGAGAGGAGCAUGUGCCUGUAAGGAAGUCCCUCCAAUUUGCCAGUCAUUUUAACUGAGUGAAAAAUUGGAAGGUGUGUGUUCCUCUCUUCCUAAUUUUUAUCUGUUACCUUUGCAGAAACCCUGAAAUCUACCCCAUGUUGUUUAUGGGCAUGCAUGUUCUUUACUGAUGUUGUUUAUAUUAACAAAACAAACUUUGUAGUUUCUUUAUUGCAUUUUUAAUACAAAUAGUAAUGGAUGAAUAUGUAUAUGUGAAAACUUUCAUAUUGUGUACUGCAAAAAGUUACUUCGGUCUCCACUUAAAUUUAAAUUUAUGCUUUAUGUACAUAAAUAAUGUAACAAAAUAAAGAUUCUGUAAACUCAAA